AUGGCUCCGUCUGUCGAUACCGUGACUCUGGCCUCGGGCCAUAAGAUGCCUUUGGUCGGCUUUGGGUUGUGGAAAGUGCCUGCCGACAAGGCUGCCGAUAUCGUCUAUAAUGCCAUCAAAGUCGGCUACCGUCUCUUCGACGGAGCAUACGACUACCAGAACGAGCACGAGGCCGGGCUGGGCAUCAAGCGCGCCAUCCACGAGGGCCUGGUCAAGCGCGAGGACAUCUUCGUCACGACCAAGCUGUGGAACAACUACCAUGCCAAAGAACAUGCCUUGGCCAUGGCCAAGGCCCAGAACGACGCCUGGGGGCUGGGGUACAUUGAUCUGUAUCUGAUGCAUUUCCCCAUUGCUCUGAAAUACAUUGAGCCCGAGAAGCUACGGUAUCCGGGCUGGUGGAUGGACGCCGAACAAAAAACCAUCGAACGCGCCAACGUGCCGCUCAAAGAAACGUGGGAGGCGCUCGAACAGGUCGUCGACGCAGGCAUCGCCAAGUCGAUCGGCAUCUCCAACGCCCAGGCCCAGACCAUCUACGACAUACAGACGUACGCGCGUCACCCGAUCUCCUCGCUGCAGAUCGAACACCACCCGUACCUGGUGCAGCCGGACCUCGUGGAACUCGCCCGCGAAGAGAAGAUCGUCAUCACCGCCUACUCGUCCUUCGGCCCGCAGAGCUUCCUGGAACUGCCCCCGGCCUUCCGCAAACGCUCCGAGACCGUGCCGACUCUGUUCGAGGUCGACGUCGUCAAGAAGGCCGCCCAGCGCACGGGCAAGACCCCCGCCCAGGUCCUGUUGCGCUGGGCCACCCAGAGGAACAUCGCCGUCAUCCCCAAGUCGAACAAUGUCAAUCGGCUCCAGCAGAACCUCGAGGCCACGGACUUCGAUCUGACCGAUGCCGAAAUCGAGGCCAUCUCCGCGCUGGACAAGGGCCUGCGCUUCAAUGAUCCGGGUUUCUAUCUCGACAAGCCACUGCGGAUCUUUGCAUAG